UCGCUCCCAUUUUGCGUCGGUUCAGCAGGGGCAUUAAACUGAGCUGUCCAGGCAGAGUCCAUUUUAUCUGUGUGACUAAAGCAGUGGGCAUGUGGUUGCACCGAGCUACCAUUAGUAUGUGCAUGAGUGCUAUCGUCACUGCCUGCAGGAUUCGCUCCAGCAUUGACCUGCAUUUGCAGCUGCACCGCCAGGCACUUCCCCACUGAGCCGUAGCUUUCCCCCCAAAGGAAGCGAUCACACGCCAAACCCCGGGAAGGUGCUUUUCUGGAACACUAAGCUGUUCCUUUAAGAAAAACAAUGACCUGUGUGUGGGAGGAGGGGCCGCAUCCUGAGAAUCAGGUGCAUGUCUGAAGGGAUGAUGUCAUCUUCCUAACGAGACCUGCCCGGGAGGGAAGAGGGGAAAAUACGGAUGCAGAGCGAGCUAUUUCCUUAAUUGCAUUGUUCCAGAUGGGAGGAUGCACAGGGCACGGAGGGGACUGCCUGCGCUUGGUUACUGUGAUUCUGCAUAAUGGGACUAAAUGAUUCUCUGUGCCGCAAAAUGCCUUUGUUUAAAAGACUGAAGCCCUUAUUAUGGGAAAGAUUCAGAGCAUGUUUAUGAAAAGAUCCCUUAUCUGGAAAAAUCUAGGUCACAAGUAUUCUGGAUCAUAGAUCCUAUACCUUGGCUUGAAAAGGUUUCUGAUAUCUUCUGGAAGAGGCCUCUUGAAGUGAAACAUUGUUCAAGUAUAAAGCUUUUUCUUUCAAUAUGAAGGGAUCAGUACAAUAACAGAGAUUUUCACAGGGGAACCAAACUGCUUCCCACACCACGAAACCCACAAUCAUGGGUUUUGAAGUCAACAAUUAUUCAGCCUUUACAUUGGGAGAGAUAUAUAUUUUAAUGGCCUUGAAUACAUAAAAAUAAGGAAAUAAUAUUUUGGUAAGACUUUUUAGAAACAAUUAUAAAAUGGUCUUCCCUAAUAAGCUUUCUCCCUAUGGAUCCAUGUUUUUAACCUGCUACAGUUUCCCCUGCUUGUUUUUUUUUUACUUUGUUUUUUCUCGUCUCUGAAAAGUGAGGGAGGUGAGGCUAGCAAGACUUGGCAGAACACCAUCAAACAAUGCGGAAUGGUAAUUAUGUGACGUAUUACUUCCUAAUUCUCACCUCUUAUAAAGCUUCCUGGGAUCCCCAGUCAUUCAGUCAUUAAGAGGCAAGGUUCGUAUGUACAAAGCAGUGAAACAUGGAUAAAUCAAAGCUUUUAAUUGGAAUAUUUUCAGGAUAGCAAACAAAAUAGAAGAUUCCUGCAGUAUCGUGCUGUAACCUGCCCUGAUUGAAGUUGGUUUUCUACUCCCCCUUUGCAAUCCACAGGGGGGUACCCAGUCAUGUGAGAAGUGCUGUUACUGUGUGUGGGUUGUGGCCACUUUUCUUUUUUUUUUUGUUUUUUCUCUCUUCACUUGCCUGAUCUUUGUAUAAUUGCUGUGCGACAUCAUCCCAUGGAAGAACUGAAACUGGAAAAGGACACAGUGUUUUGCUGCUUUCGGCACUACUUGACCUUAAAUAUCCUGUCCGGCAAAACCUACAGUAUUUAAUUUUCUAUGGAUAUCUCUGCCUGAAGGACUUUUUUUUUCUAAAAACAUGUUCUGCUAAGAACACAGACAUUUCCUGUUCAGUUCAGAUAUUUCUACACUUGCAUCAGCAUCACUAAUAUACUAGGCUGCUACUGAGAAAGCCAUUCUGAUUUGAGUAAUAGCCUAGCUGUUCUUCAGGAGGUGUUUGUCCCAGGAUAUAAACAAAGCCUAUUAAGAAGGAUUUUAGUUUUUUUUUGUAUCUAUGAUGUCCUGGAAGAGAAAUUAUUUUGCUACAGGUCGAGGAGGAGUUCAGGAGAUGUUUACACCACGCAAUUCAAUAUCCAUUGCUCCUAGCAAAGGCCUGAUUAAUGAGCCAGGACAAAAUAGCUGCUUCCUAAACAGUGCACUACAGGUGUUAUGGCAUCUAGACAUAUUCCGCCGGAGCUUCCGACAACUUACAACACACAAGUGUAUGGGAGACUCCUGUAUAUUCUGUGCACUGAAGGGAAUCUUCAACCAGUUUCAGUGUAGCAGUGAGAAGGUGUUACCAUCAGAUACUCUUCGUUGUGCUCUUGCUAAAACAUUUCAGGAUGAGCAGCGGUUCCAGUUGGGCAUCAUGGAUGAUGCAGCAGAAUGCUUUGAAAACUUAUUAAUUCGCCUUCACAUCCACAUCGCAGAUGAGUCCAAAGAAGAUAUCUGUACUGCCCAGCAUUGCAUCUCCCACCAGAAGUUUGCUAUGACCUUGUUUGAGCAGUGUGUUUGUACAAGCUGUGGUGCCACUUCUGACCCCCUGCCUUUUAUACAGAUGGUGCAUUAUAUAUCUACUACUGCACUCUGCAAUCAGGCAAUCUUUAUGCUGGAGAGAAAAGAAAAACCCACCCCUGAUAUGUUUGGGGAACUGCUGCAAAAAGCCAGUACAAUGGGAGACUUGAGAAACUGCCCGAGUAAUUGUGGUGAAAAAAUCCGAAUUCGGCGAGUGCUAAUGAAUGCCCCUCAGAUUAUCACCAUUGGGCUGGUGUGGGACUCAGAUCACUCAGAUCUAGCCGAAGAUGUUAUUCACAGUCUUGGAACCUGCCUGAAGCUUGGUGAUUUAUUUUACAGGGUAACCGAUGACCGAGGAAAACAUUCUGAGCUCUAUUUAGUAGGGAUGAUUUGUUACUAUGGCAAACAUUACUCUACUUUCUUUUUUCAAACCAAAAUACGCAAGUGGAUGUAUUUUGAUGAUGCUCAUGUUAAAGAGAUUGGUCCAAAAUGGAAAGAUGUUGUUACAAAGUGUAUAAAGGGUCAUUAUCAACCAUUGCUGCUGCUGUAUGCUGAUCCCAGGGGUACACCAGUAACAGUGCCUGAUGUCCUGUCUCAGAUGGAUCUACGUCAGUACACUAGAACAUGCUAUGACAGUGAAGAUUCUGGCAGGGAACCAUCCAUCUCCAGUGACACCAGAACAGAUUCUUCUACUGACAGUUACCAUUAUAAGCAUUCUCACCAUGAGUCAGUGGUGAGCUACUUCUCCUCUGAAUCACAAGGCACAGUCAUCUACAAUCUGGAAAAUGAUGCAGCAUCUCAAAGCAGCAGAGACACAGGACACUUGACAGAUAGCGAGUGCAGCCAACGCCACUUUUCAAGAAAAGGACCCUUUACAGACCGAAAACGAAGUUCCAGCCGCCCUCGGAGAAAAGGAGAUGAGUCACAGUCUUCUGGCUAUCACAGCGAGGGUGAGACACUAAAGGAGAAGCAAGCACCCAGAACAGGCUUGAAACUGUCCAGCAGUUCUAGCAGGCUGAGGGAUUUUAAAGCUACUGUUAGCAAUAUUAUACAUAACAGACCAUCCCAAGCAUCACAGACUUCUUCUCAAGGCUUUCACCAUGUGGGGAGUAACCUCGAUCAGUCAGAAAUCAAGCCACCUACAAACUUGUCAAUGAGACUGCGGGACUGGGAUAUAGACAACAGCAACAAUGAAACAAAGUCUGGCUUCUCAAACAGGUAUCGCCCAACCUGGCGGCCUACUCGUGAGCCAUUAAAUGUAGACAGUGUCUUCAGGUCAGAAAAGAGGAAAAAUGCUGCAUACAGUCCACUUAGUCCUUUUUCAGAAGAUUCAGGAAAAGAAAUGGCCACUAAUGAAUUCCGAGAAAUAGCCAACUCUGAAUCAAAAGACAAGCAUCAGUUUAAAUACAGAAGUUGGGGCAUUGGGAGGGGUGCCCCACACUUUCUUGACCACCAGCAGCCUCGUCUUAUCCAGAGAAUGGAGUCUGGGUAUGAAAGCAGUGAGCGGAACAGCAAUAGCCCAAUCAGCAUGGACUUGCCAAUAUCAGAGAACUGUAGUGCAUUUAGGGAAUAUCACUCAAGGAAAAGUCCAGGUACAGCUCCUACAUGGCGAAACAUUCCGAAAUCUCAGAGCAGCAGUGCAUUAGACAUGGCAGAUUCUGCUUCCAGUGUCUGGGUGAAGGUCCAUCCAACACACAUGGCAGUUGAAAGCAAUGUACCUAUGAAGAGUGAACUUGAUGAACUACAGGAGGAGGUGGCAAGGAGGGCACGAGAACAGGAACUGCGAUGGAAGCGGGAGAAGGAAAUUGAGGCUGCAAUGGGAUUCAAUCCACGACCAAAACGGUUUUUGGAUUUAGAUGAAUUACAGAAUCAGGGUAGAAGUGAAAGCUUUGAGCGAUCUAUGCAAGAAGCAGAUUCUGUGUAUGAGCAGUCAGUGAGACUGGAACAGAAGGGAGAUUACACUUCAGCGCUGGCUUUGUGUAAUGAAGCUAUUUCUAAAAUCAGAUUUGCCAUGCAUGAUGCCAGAUCUAGCACUCACUGCAGAGCCAUAGCAGAUAAGAAGUUGCAAAUGUGCAUACGAAAAGCACGGAGUCUUCAGGACCGCAUGCAGCUGCCGACAAUUCCUCAGCCGCCAUCACCAGAUUACCCCUUGCCACAGGGGGAAGCUAUAAACCAAUCUACAAGUGACCAGGCUAUCUCGGAACAAGUUCCAGUGAACAGACCGGUAAUGCUGGAGACCAACACAAAGGAGGACUACCCAUCCAAUCCAUUAUUCCACCCGUUAGCUUGUAGCCAUGAGUUGCUUCCAUUGUCCUCUGAGUCUUCCAACUUGUCAGCUUCUGAGCAAAGCCCACAUAGCAAAGCGUUUUCUAACUUUCUGGCUCCAUAUAACAGUCUCGAUUCUGAAGGUCUUGUCUCAUCUCCAAAGGAAGCAGUGUUUGAGAAUAAGGUGAAAUCAGAAGCUUAUAGCCAAGGCCUAGUAAAUGAACAAACAAAAACAGAAAGGGUAAAGAAUGUCAGCCCUGAUAAAUGUAAGGUGGGAGAGGAAAAUGAAGGAAAAGAAGGCCUUCUAACAUUGCAUAAGGUGAAACUAAGUGGGAUUAAAUCUGGUUCUUUACCAUCAUUGCUAUUUCCGUGGGCACGCCGAACACAGACUCAGUCUCCUGAUAGAAGCAACCCACCCAGUCAUUGUAAUAAAUCUGUUAGCACAGACAAAUGUGUUAGUACUGAAACUGGUGAAAGUAAUAAACAGAUGGGUUCCUGUAAUGACAUCACUCCACCUGGUAACACCAGCCUCAGCCUUCAACAAGCCAACUUGUGCUCAAGUGCAAAUAGUCAUGAGGCAUUAUUAGACAAGCAAGGUGAACUUUGCGGUCCAGAACCUUGCAAAUCUGAGGCACCAAAGAAUAAGGGGUUAGUACGCUCUCUAGCAGAACAGUUUCAAAGGCUCCAGGGGGGCUCACCAAAACUAAACAAUUUUGGUGUAAACUGUACUGGUGUUGAUAUUGGUGAGAAAAAGCCACUGCCAGAACAGCAAUCUUUCAGUCCUUUGGAUAAUAAAUCCAGUUUGCAGCCCCUUGUAAUUCAUGAAAACAAAGCUAGCUGCACAGAACAGAUAGACCUCUCACCAGACUGCCUGGGCAGGUCUUUUGACAUAAAGGGUUCCAGUAUACAUCUUGUUGAUAACCAAAAUAAUGGCUCUGAAAAGAAAGAAACGCCUGGAUGGGUUGUUAAUGCUCCACUUAACCAAGGUAAACUUUUCUAUAAAGGAGGGAAAAAAGUUAAAUUUGCAAGCACUGUCCAUUUACCUGGCUCUGUGCCCAUGGAGCAGUGGGCUGAAGAUGUCACCAGAUAUUAUAAUGAUAAACUGGAGAGUAUAGGUGAUAAACCUAAAGUUGGACACACUGUAUCUCUUAAACCAAAGUCAAUAAGGUAUGGCUUAUCAAAAAGUUCAAUUGAUCUGCGCCAGGAGUGGAAUCGGGAUGAAGAGAUCUCAGACCUGCAAACUUUAUAUAAUGCUAGCCUACAGGCUUGUCCAAACCGGAAUAUGCAGUGGAGGUCAGAAAAUGCAAGACAAGGAUUUGGAAAACCACUUCUGGAAAACACAGCUGGAAGGAGGGUGCAGACAACUGCUGGUAAAGGUCUUUCAAGGACGCCCACAAAAGAAAUGGAGCACAAUCUUAGUGGAACCACAUUUUCACCUGUGCCAAAGGUCACUCAUGGCGGGGACCAAAGCAGGGAGUCUGAGGACGAUGAGCUGUACAGUGCAGAGAAUUUCCGGCGCCUGGCUCGCAGCCUCAGUGGGACAGUCAUCAGUGGCAAAGAAGAGGCAGUUGUCUCUUCUCAGAGCUUUGAGGCACCCAAUGAGAGGAAACCGCUUAUGGACAGCAGCCACUGCUCUCACAGCUCCUCCUUCCACCCUUAUUCCCAAAAUCCUUCUGUCUUAUCCUUUGAACCCCAGCACUACCCAACCCAGCUGCAGCACCCAUCCUUUGAGGGACUGGCGCCCAGCAUGGUGGGUGCAGCACACAGGCCAUCAGGAGGUCCCAACUUCCAAAAAGUUUUGGCUAUGUCUGACAGGGGUGAAAAUGUCCAAGGUAACGAACAGUCGAGGAUGGCACUGAGCUAUGCAACUUUUCCAAGGGCACCUAGGCUCAGUGCUACACCAACUGCAACAGCAUCACAAAGAUCUUAUGCUGUUCUCGGGCAGCAGACAAACAAUCGAGAUCAAAAUGUUCCAAGUCAUUAUCGGUGGUCAGGUCAUACAUCUCAAGGGUCUGCACCUGACAAACACAUGGUUAAUUCCAGUUUCAUGACUUCACCUGGUUGGAGGUCACAAAGUCCUCAAACCUCAGGUUAUGGAGGCUAUUCAAACUCUUCAGCUUAUCCUAAAGCUCAAGAUACUGCUGAUUACAGUACACUGAGGAUGCCACGAAGCUCUUCCAUAAGUAGAGGAGAUAUAUGGGAAACUUCUCAGGCUAAUCAGUCAAGAGUUCAAGGCCCGAAGAGAGUAGACAUGCCACCUGAAGAAGACUGGAGACAUAAUACUUUUACCACUCAAUUUGGUGGUAGGAAAACACAGCCUGUAUUUUCACCCCACAGGACCUACUCAUCUGCUGCUGACCUAUAUGGGGCAAAUAGCUGGAGAGCUGCCUUGAACAGAAAUGGGCGAUAAUCUUUUCUGAUGUCCACCCAGUCAGCUGACCAUGAAAAGAUAUUUUACCCCAAAAUAUACUGCCAGAUUUAUAGCUUAGACCAGUGUUGCAAGCCCUGUAAUGCAAUGGACAUUCCUGUAUAGAAUUUGUACCAGUAUUGUCUUAACACCUUUGAGCCUGUGAUGUGUCACCUUGUACAUUGUGUUAUAGAUGAUCAGCAAGAAUUGGAACCCCAUUAUGUUUUAAACUGCCCACUCAGCCAGGAAAGGUACUGUGGUAAUCUUACAUGUGAUCACAGUUGAGGACUGCAUAUUAUGAAUGCUCCAAAUUACUUCAGGGUUGAAUCACUGACAGAUCUUUCUUCCAUCCAACACACAGUAAGAGCAUUUGCAGAUUUAGUACUCUGUCAGUAUGGUGCUCGCACAGCAAUAAUUGCUUAAUGGAGACUUUAGAAGUAAACACAAUUUGUUUCCAAACUACCCAGCCUAUUGGAAGUCAGACUUCAAACUACAUUUUUGACAAUUUUUGCCUUUGCUCAUACAGAAACUUGCUGCAUUUAGCAAUAGUUAUAUAUGUUGCAAUGGAAUUAGGUAAAAUCUUAAAAUGUUUGCUGUUAUAUGUUUGUUCCCUGCAAGUGAAAUGUAAGGCUUCAUUGCCGUAGCAAUUUCACUGAUACAUGCACUGCAGCCCUUCAGGGCACAUAGUUAUCCUGGUUAUCCUUGUAUUUUUUUCUUUACCUUUUUAGGGCCAGAGCAGCCUGGAACCUAUAUAACAGGGAAGCUAAGAAUCCUAAGGCCAUGCACAUUUUUGAUUGGCCAUCUAGAUCACUUCGCACAGUUAACCUGUAGAAAGCCUGAUAAUCUUAUGACAGGAAUUGUUGAAAAGGUAACCCAGCAUUAAAAGUGCAGCUAGUUAAGCACAAAUCUUGACUACUGAAUAGGAGGAUAGUAUGGGGGGGGCAAUGCCACGGGAGUUUAAGAAAAGCCCGCCCUUUUUUCCUUUCCUCCAGUAUCUGUAGCAAUGCUUAUAACAGAAGACUGUUAUCACUGCAUGCUUAAAUCCACUGACGUUAACUUCUAGAGUAAAAUUAAAUAUUUUAGUGUCAAAACAUUUGCUUUUGUAAGUAUUUUUCGAAUAAAUAUACGAAAUAGUUCUAUUACAUAA